AAAAUGUAACUUUUCAUGCAUGCCAACGUAACUAUCGACCAAAUCACUCUGGCAACACUGUUGACAGCACUUCAGUCGUCAAAUUGAUAAAGUGUUCGGGUGAAUGUUGGUCGUGCGAAUAUUCUGAUAUAAAAAUCAAAAAAAGCUGUACUCCGGUGCGGACAGAGAGUUCCAUCAUGAGUGCAUUAAUGAAAGCAGCUAUCAACCGAAGCCCUGCCUCACUGGCUUCAUAUCUAUAUAGAAACCUCCACCUCUCAGUGGGAGGAGCAUCACCACUAAAAGAUGCUUCAGUUAACACUAAUACAACAAAAUCAUACACUGUUAUUGACCAUCAACAUGACGCAUUGGUGAUAGGAGCCGGUGGGGCAGGUCUCAGAGCUGCAUUUGGUUUAGUCCAGGAAGGAUUUAAAACUGCUGUUGUUACAAAACUCUUCCCUACUAGAUCUCACACAGUUGCUGCUCAGGGAGGCAUAAAUGCUGCUUUAGGCAAUAUGGAAGAAGAUAGUUGGUUGUGGCACAUGUACGAUACUGUAAAAGGCUCUGACUGGCUUGGUGAUCAGGAUGCCAUACACUAUAUGACAAAAGAAGCACCACAUGCCGUUAUUGAGCUUGAUAACUAUGGUAUGCCUUUCUCUCGCACACCGGAAGGAAAGAUCUAUCAGAGGGCUUUUGGUGGUCAAUCACUGAAAUUCGGCAAGGGUGGACAAGCACAUAGAUGCUGUGCUGUUGCUGACAGAACUGGUCACUCUUUGCUCCACACAUUGUAUGGCCAAUCUUUACGAUACGACUGCGAAUACUUCAUUGAAUACUUUGCUUUGGAUCUUCUUAUGGAAGACGGAGUCUGCAAAGGCUGCAUUGCUCUGAACCUUGAAGAUGGAACUUUACACAGGUUCCAAGCGAAGAACACGGUGCUAGCGACGGGCGGCACGGGGCGCGCGUACUUCAGCUGCACGUCCGCGCACACGUGCACGGGCGACGGCACGGCCAUGGCGGCGCGCGCCGGCCUGCAGAACGAGGACAUGGAGUUCGUGCAGUUCCACCCCACCGGUAUCUACGGCGCCGGCUGUCUUAUGACGGAAGGAUGCCGUGGAGAGGGUGGCUUCUUAGUGAAUGCUAAGGGCGAACGUUUCAUGGAAAGAUACGCCCCUGUUGCCAAGGACCUUGCCAGUCGUGACGUAGUGUCACGAGCUAUGACUGUAGAGAUUAUGGAAGGCCGUGGUUGUGGUCCAGAGAAGGACCACGUUCACCUUCAACUACACCACCUGCCCCCGGAACAGCUGAAGCAACGCCUUCCUGGUAUAUCUGAAACCGCCAUGAUCUUCGCCGGCGUUGACGUCACUAAGGAACCUAUCCCUGUAUUGCCCACCGUACAUUAUAAUAUGGGCGGCACACCUACUAACUAUAGAGGAGAGGUGAUCACGUACCGCGACGGCGCGGACCACGUGGUGCCGGGGCUGCUGGCGGCGGGCGAGGCGUCGUGCGCGUCCGUGCACGGCGCCAACCGGCUGGGCGCCAACUCGCUGCUGGACAUCGUGGUGUUCGGCCGCGCCUGCGCGCUCACCGUGGCCGCCACCUGCCGCCCCGGGGACGCGCAGGCGCCGCUGAAGGAGACGACUGGGCAAGAAAGCAUCGCUAACUUAGACGCCCUUCGAUAUGCAAAUGGCAGCAUUUCAACAGCGGACCUGCGCUUGCGCAUGCAGAAAUGCAUGCAGAAGAACGCCGCUGUGUUCAGACAGAAGAGUACUUUGGAGGAAGGCCAGCGUCAAAUCCACGAGAUCUACAAGCAGAUGAAGGACGUGAAGGUGUCGGACCGCUCGCUGAUCUGGAACAGCGAUUUAGUGGAGACGCUGGAGCUGCAGAACCUACUCAUCAACUCGGUUCAGAUCGUGGAGGGUGCGCUGGCGCGGGAGGAGUCGAGGGGGGCGCACGCUAGAGAGGACUUCAAGACACGUCGCGAUGAGUACGACUAUUCCAAGCCCUUGGAGGGACAGAGCGCGCUGCCGUUCGAGCAGCACUGGCGCAAGCACACGCUGGCCGCCACCGACCCCGCCAGCGGCGCCACCGCGCUCAGCUACCGGCCCGUCAUCGACCGCACGCUGGACGCGGCCGAGUGCCAGACCGUGCCGCCCGUCAUCCGCACCUACUAGCACUGCACGACACGUCUCACUGGGAUUACAUCGUUUGUUUCAACGCAUCCGGUAAUCUCUGAUCGGGUGCUGACAGGCAGUAUUUUUCAUCGCAUCUCGGCACAAAUAGUGUUCAUGCCAUCAUUAUUUAAUUUAUUAUUUAUUAUUUUGUAGCUAUUAAGUAUAAUAACAAUUUAAGUGAAAAAAUAAAACCUUAAAAGUUAUUUUUUAUAUAAAGAAUGUUUCCUUGUUUAUGAAUAAAUACGUAAAAUUAUUGGCCAGAUGCAUUAUUUAGCAAGCAAAUAACGAAGUAAAUUUAAAAAUAAUUUCUGUAAUUUUUAUUUAGUAAAUGUAAAUAAAUAUAAUUGAGCAGCAUUUUAUUAUAAUUGUAAUGAAACUAAAUGGUUACGAUCAGCAGCACCGUGGUACUUAAGUAUUUAAGGAUAUAUAAACACGACACUUUUCAUUAGAAGUAUGAAAAAAAAACAUAACACUGUUAGUCCUACCUCAAAUAUAUAAAUUAAUGUUCUAUGAAAGCCACUGUUUCGUUCAUACCGUUGAUAAGUAAAUUAAAGUUUGUUUCGAAAAUAAAUACGAUCAAUGAGUGGUAUUAUAA